GUUGUCGGUCUUGAGCGGCCCGAUAUACUGUCAGUGUAGUAGCUGAUCUCAGAGAGGAAGGACCUCGGUUCAGUGAUAGCUUGGAUAUACUUAGGAGACCGAACUCUUCUGUCUUAUUGUUUGGACAUCGCAGAUUAUCAUACAAGAGGAUAAUGCCGUGUCCAUUUUUGUCACGUCUACCUGGUCAAUUUCUUCGUAACUAUGGUGCUAGUCUAGUCCGCCAGUAUGGAGAAAUGUGUCCUGCUGUUUCUUGUUUCACAAGGAACUACAACUCACUCCCUUCAGCCACCAACACAGCAGAGGGGGAGAAGAAGUGCCCUUUCUUGAACAACAAGAACUUGGUGAAGCAAGCAAGCCGUGAAGUCCAGGAAGACAUCAUUGACUUGGCUGCCAGGGAGCAAGGUCCAUCUGAACAUGAAGCUAAACCCAAAGACCAAGUCAAAUGCCCGUUUCUGGCAUCCCAGGGAAUACCUGUGGCAAAUGUAACUGUGAUUGAAGCUCCAUCUGGACAUGAAGCUAAACCCAAAGACCAGGUCAAAUGCCCCUUUCUCGCUUCACAGGGGACAUCUGUGGUGGAAGAGCAAGAACUCUUCCCCUACAAUGACUUCUUCCAAGAACAAAUUGCGCGCAAGAAGGCAGACCAUUCAUAUCGUGUGUUCAAAAAGGUGUCACGAAUGGCCAGCCAAUUCCCCAAGGCCAAAGAAUAUUCUUGGGGUGAGAAGGAGAUUACAGUUUGGUGCUCCAAUGACUACUUAGGAAUGUCUCGUCAUGAAAAAGUCCGAGAAGCAGUAAAGAAGUCCUUAGAAGAGCAUGGUGCUGGUGCUGGAGGAACAAGGAACAUCUCAGGCAACACUGUACUUCAUGAAACCAUGGAAGCAAAAUUGGCUUCCAUCCACAGGAAGGAUGCAGCACUGCUCUUCACUUCAUGCUAUGUGGCUAAUGAUUCAACCCUGUAUACACUUGCUAAGGCACUGCCAGGAUGCCACAUCUUCUCAGACGAAGGAAACCAUGCUUCUAUGAUCCAAGGGAUACGCAACUCAGGGGCUCCCAAACACAUAUUCCGACACAAUGAUCCAAAACACCUUGAAGAAUUACUGAAAUCUGUGGAUGUAUCUACCCCAAAGAUUGUAGCCUUUGAAACUGUUCACUCCAUGACUGGUGCUGUUUGUCCACUAAAGGAUCUGUGUGAUGUCGCACACAAGUAUGGAGCUAUAACCUUUGUGGAUGAGGUACAUGCUGUGGGUCUUUAUGGUGAAAAUGGAGCUGGUAUUGCUGACAGGGAUGGACUGCAAGAUCAAAUUGACAUUGUCUCUGGCACCCUGGGCAAAGCUUUUGGCAACAUUGGAGGAUACAUUGCAGGAAAUGCAACUCUUGUUGAUAUGAUUCGUAGCUAUGCAGCUGGCUUUAUCUUCACCACCUCCUUACCACCAACUGUUGUUUCUGGAGCUCUGGCUGCUGUUACCAUCUUGAGCAGUGAGGAAGGCCGAACUCUGCGAGGAGUCCAUCAGAAGGCAGUUCAAUACCUCCGCAAAUUGCUCAUGGAUAAUGGCUUGCCUGUGGAACAUUGCCCUUCACACAUUUUACCUGUUCAUGUUGGUGACCCUAUGCUUUGUACAAAAGUGUCUGAUGAGUUGAUCCGAAAGUAUGGCCACUAUGUACAAGCUAUCAACUACCCGACUGUACCGAGAGGACAGGAGAAGCUUCGAAUUGCCCCAACACCUCAGCACACCCCAGAAAUGAUGGAUCAGUUUGUGAAGGACCUUGUUAGUAUAUGGAAGGAGUUGGAUCUGCCUUUAAAUGAUAAGAGAUGUGGUGAUGAAUGUACUUUCUGCAAGAAACCAUUUCUUUUCAAGCAACUGGAGGCUCGGCAAAAUUGCAGCAGUGAAUGUGACAAACCCUACUGCCCACAACUAGCUGAAUGUUUUUAGCACUACAUUAUGCAUAGACCAGUCAGGUUGUGAUAUCUUGGAUACGAAUAAUGACCAAAGACAUAUGCAGUCCUCUAUGUAGCAAGAAUACAUGACAGUAAAAAUCUACAUUGUAUAAACUUGUCUAUUUGCAAUUCCAUCAACUGUGAUGAAAUCAAUUACUACAGUGUCAUUCCUUUUGUCAAUAGUCAAAGAUAGAUAACUUAUUUACAGACACACAAACAAAGUUGCUCUUUAUAUGCAGUGAAAUGAUUAAUUUCUUAUACAUACUAAUAAAAAACAAUGAAAGCAUGAAUAUACAUAUCUAUUUCACUAUUUAUUAACUAAUUCCAUAACUAAGUGACUGCAUGUGUGAAGCCCAGGAAAAGCAAUCACUGUCAAAACUUUGUAGAAUCCGUGCUGUUGGAUGUUUUCAAAAACUGUUGGUCAUGUGAACCAUCUUCAGAUAUUUAUUUUAUAAUGCACUCCUGCAAACCAUGUAAUUUUCAUUAAAUGGUUAUUUUGAAAACCAUCAUGGAUAGGUAGUUGAAUGUGUUGAAUGUGUUCAAAAAGGCAAAUGGAGAAAUAGUUUAGGUAAUACUGGAUAUAUAUCUUAUUCUCCUAAUGCAGAUUGUUUUUUCUCCAUUUCUUGCUUCACUUUUGAUGGUAUUUAAUGCACCCAUUGCUCUUCUGUCCUCUGAGACUCCUUUGAAAAGCAGCAUAUUGUUCCAUAUCUAUCCAUCAGAUUUUUUUUGCAAAUAUAAAUUAUUAGACCCACUUCACAGACUUAGACCCAUUUCACAGUAAUGAAAGAAUUGUGUAUAUAUACAUAGACACCAGGCAUUUUAUGUAUGAUAGAUAUAAAUGGGAUGAUAGACCUGGUCUUUUAUUCCAAGAAAAACAACAUCAUGUAAUUACUUAGGUACUUUAUUUGUGAUAGAAAUUGAGUUUGUAAUAUAUAUGUUUUGUUUGUUUUUUCUUUUUUGGGUUUAGGUUUUUGUGAAAUGUGCAUGACAACUGAUGUGCUUUCAACACUGAUCCUGAUCUUAUGAGUGUAAUACUAAGCAUAGGUUUGUAUAUGUGAGACUACAUUUCUAUGUGUGCACUUGUGCUUAUAAAGGCAGAUUAUGGUGUGCAUGCGUGUAUUCUCUUCUUCGUCGUCUUCUUUUUCUGCCUUCAUUCUUUUUCUUCUACUUUUAUGAAAGAGAUUGUGAGUGUGCAUGUGUGGGAGCAUGUUGCAUUUUAUAAAUCAGUUAAACAAAAUACACACUUUCACACCCAAAUUCAGAUAUACAAUGAAUUACAUAUGUUAACACAUGUACAGUACACAGCCAUGCAAUAAAUAUACACUCAGCCUUCAUAACAUUUUAUUAUUCAAAUCAAAACAUUAUUCCAUUAUUAGCACCAUCAGUUUAGUGCUUUUGAUUUUCAAUGCAUUUAAAGAACCUUUGUUGUGUAAUUCUUGAAUAUAUAUAUAUUUAUGGAUCAUAUGUUUUAUACAAAUAUAUGUUUUAACAUUAUUGUAUUUUGAAAGAACAAAAUCUAAGAGGGUGUCACAUGACCUCAAAUAAUAUGGUAGCACCAAUAGAUGCGGUAGAGAGCAUAA